AUGGUUACAUGGGCAUCUCGAUUAACGUAUAUUUUAAUAAUAAUCUUAAAUAUUUCAACCUGGCUUGACCUUCAGGGUAUUUGGAUUGAACUACCAUUAAUAAUUCCGUAUGCGCCCGAAGCCUGGUCUUUACCGUCAAUAUUAUCGAUAAUAACAUGUUCAGCAAAUAUAUUUCCUUUACUGAUUAUUCUACACAGACGUGUUGUAGGUAGCGAAAAAUUCUCAGCAAUACCUUAUAUUUAUGCUGUUAUAAUAGUGGGUGUUAUUUCAUGUUUAAUUAUUGCAUUAUUUUGGGAUAAAACGGUUUUUAUUUUUCAUCAUCAACGUAGUCUAAUACUUCUUUUGGCAACAUUUUUUCUCUCAAUGUUAGAUUGUUCAUCAACGGUUAUAUAUUCCGAUUAUAUGAAACAUUUUCGUGCCUAUUAUCUAAAUGCUAUGUUUUUCGGUGAAAGUUUAACAUGCUUCAUUCCAACAAUUAUUGCAAUUGUACAAGGUGUUGGAGGAGAAAUAGUAUGUCAGAAUGUUACGCUAUCAGAUAACAGCACAGCUCUAGCGCCAACUUAUUCUCAACCAAGAUUCAGUGUUUCAGUUUAUUUCUUCAUAUUAACUGUAGUCAUUAUGUGUUCUUUAUGUGCAUUUAUUAUCCUGAGAUGGUCGCCAGUUACAAAAAUUGCUGAUGCCUCAGUACAGGACGACGAAAUUCAAUUAUUUCCUGAUGUUGCUCAAGAUACUCCAACUAUGGAACAAAAUGUGAUUAGGCAGACACCAGGUGUACAUUUCGUAUUAUUAAAGAAUGAUUAUCAUUAUGUAUUAUUGUUAACUGGGAUCAAUGCCUUCGUUUUUAUUGGUUGCCUCCCAUCAAUGAUAACAUAUUCUCUAUUGCCAUAUGGUCAACGAGCGUUCUAUUAUGGUUCAAUAUUGGCACCAUUAGCUUAUCCAUUUGCGUGUUUUAUAAACAUGUUUAUAAAAUUAAAUUUAAAAGGAAUUCUAUUUUUAUCCUUAAUUAAUAUAAUUAAUAGUUUAUUUAUCAUGUAUAUCGCAUUUACCAGUCCGUGUCCAGUAUUACACGACACAAAAACUGGCGCUUUAUUACUUAAUUUUGUAUGGAUAAUAACCUCAUUUUGCUUUGGAUAUAUUCGUGUCAGAUGUGGAAAUAUAAUCAGAGAAUCUUGGUCAAAAGAAGGUGGGUUGUUCAACUUUGGUUUAACGUUUCUGAUUGGUGGGAUUUUAGGCACAGUCCCAUUUUUCUUUAUUAUUAAUGUCUUCAAAUUAUUAAAUGAUCGCAAACCAUGUAUUCGCUACUGUCGGUAUUAA